AUAUCCAUCUCUAGCAAUCUGCCAUAUUUAAUUAUUGACCCUUUUUUCUGGGAUUUGCAGAUGACUGCAAUGCUGCACCACGGGAAGAACUGGAAGUCCAUGUGUAAGGGACUCAUCUUGGGAACUCUCUUAACCAGCUUCAUGUUGCUGCUGUACUCCUAUGCCAUCCCACCCUUGCAAGUCAGCAUGACAGAAAUCCCUAUCCCUUACUCAUGCUCUUCAUACCGUGCCCAAACCCGACUUCCUGUUUCAGCAAACAGCACUCACAAUCCACCAGGACAGAAGUGUCUUCCUAAGAUGGACAUCAUGUUCAUGAAAACCCACAAGACAGCCAGCAGCACCAUCCUCAACAUCCUCUUCCGCUUUGGAGAGAAGCACCGCCUCAAGUUUGCCUUUCCUAAUGGCCGCAAUGACUUCUACUAUCCAUCCUACUUCGAACGCAGCCAGGUGCAGGACUACCAGCCUGGCAUGUGCUUCAAUAUCAUCUCUAAUCACAUGCGCUUUCAGUACGAGGAGGUGCGUAAACUGUUGCCAGCUGACACCAUUUUUGUGACAGUGCUGCGGGACCCUGCCUACCUUUUUGAAUCUUCCUUCCACUAUUUUGGACGCAUUAUCCCUUUGACCUGGAAGUUGUCAGGCGAGGAUAAACUGGCUGAAUUCUUGCGUGACCCCAAGCAUUAUUAUGAUCCCAAUGGGUUCAAUGCUCACUACCUCCAGAAUCUUCUUUUCUUUGACUUGGGCUAUGACAACAACAUGCAGGCCGACAACCCCCUGGUUGACCAGUACAUCCAUGAGACUGACCAACGUUUCCAUCUAGUCAUGCUGUUGGAGUACUUUGAUGAAUCUUUAGUGCUCCUGAAGGACUUGUUGUGCUGGGAGCUGGAGGACAUGCUCUACUUCAAGCUGAAUGCUCGGAAAGACUCUACAGUCUCCAAACUGACUGACGAGCUCUACCAGAAGGCCACAGCAUGGAACUUCAUAGAUGCCAAGCUCUACCAGUACUUCAACGCUACCUUUUGGCACAAGGUGGAAGUAUAUGGCCGAGAACGGAUGGCCAGGGAUGUGGCCAAACUUCAGGAAGAGAAUGAGAAAAUGAAGAGCAUCUGCAUUGAUGGGGGACACCCUGUGGAUGCCAAUGCCAUCCAGGAAUCCUCCAUGCAGCCAUGGCAGCCGCUGGGUGAAAAGUCUAUCCUGGGCUACAACCUGAAAAAGAGGAUCAACAAGAAGCAUCGCAACCUUUGUCGCAAGAUGCUGACCCCUGAGAUCCAGUACCUGUCAGACUUGGGAGCCAACCUCUGGAUCACUAAGCUAUGGAGCCGAGUGCGGGAGUUCCUCAAGUGGUAGCGGGUGCACAAUCUGUGUUUCCACUUCCCACCUUCUUCUCCAUCCAGGAAAAACAACCAGAUGGUUGUUCUUCUUCCUUGCAUCAGUUGGUUGAAAAUGGCUCACAGGGCUCCAACAAAUGAGGGACUGGCUUGAGACUCUAAAAAGGAACAGUGAUUUUGAGGGAGCCAACCCAUUCACCUGGGGACCUGGAUAGGCAAGAAAGGAGGGAAGGAAUGACCAGGGCCAGUAGCUAGGGUAGUUAUAAAGGGUAGAUCCAUUUGUCACCUCCUUUGACCUAGACUCCGACAGGAAGGAAACUGGGGUAUAGGCAAGACUGAAGGAGAGAGCACCCCAGCGCUGCAGUGUGGAGUUGAAAUUGCUGAGCCAGCUUCACUGCUUUUCACUAAGAGCAGAGGGAACACAAAAGGCAACAACACAAAGACACCUUUGCCAACUACAGUAUUUGCUAACUUUUCAGAACUUUCCUUUUCCCCCUUUAGUACUUCUGUUUCAAACUCUUGGGGACAGCAAAAGUGACGGCUGAGUUGCCACCCUGUU